GCCCUGAAGUUUUCAGCUGGGCCCACGAUAUGCUUUUCCUUUUAUUUUCCUCUCCCAUUCAGUGCCGGACUAGGCUAGGACUAGGACUAUAAUACAGCUUUAAGUCGGACCGUCGGCCCCUUGUUGAGCCGAGGCGUAAAAUCGAAGCGACGAUUUAGCGCGGGGAGCUCGGCCAGCUUUGCUGUUAGUGGUUCGGCGCUCUCCCUCUAAACAAGCUUCGGGGGGCAAAUUCUCGUGCUCUGGGUUUUGAGUUUGAAGGCGAAAGGUCGCCACUUUCCGCAACUUUACCUAGUAAAGAGGCGCAGUUGGAAAGAGGAGUAGAGCUACGAUAAUGGCGAGCUCUGCUGUGCAACCGAGUCGAUCGAGGGACCUCGACAAGCUCCUUCUCAGGUCAGGGAAUCUCGUCGGCGAGAACUUCGAACCGGGUCCGCAAUUGAGGGAUGAUCUCCGGGAGUAUGUUCGAAUUUUAGUAGUGGGUGCGGGUGGAUUGGGCUGUGAGCUGCUCAAGGACUUGGCCCUUUCCGGUUUCAAGAAUCUGGAGGUUAUAGACAUGGAUAGAAUUGAGGUUACUAACUUGAAUCGCCAAUUCUUGUUCAGACUUGAAGAUGUUGGUAAGCCUAAGGCAGAGGUCGCAGCCAAGCGUGUCAUGGAAAGAGUUAGUGGGGUGAAUAUCGUGCCCCAUUUUUGUCGAAUUGAGGACAAAGAGAUUGAUUUUUAUAACGAUUUCAGUAUUAUUGUGCUUGGUCUUGAUUCGAUAGAGGCUAGAAGCUACAUAAAUGCUGUGGCUUGUGGUUUUCUUGAGUAUGAUUCUGGUGAUAAUCCACGGGAAGAGACAAUGAAACCUAUUGUCGAUGGUGGCACUGAAGGUUUUAAGGGCCACGCUAGGGUUAUUUUGCCUGGGACCACCCCAUGCUUUGAGUGUACAAUCUGGCUUUUCCCCCCUCAAGUCAAGUUCCCCCUAUGCACACUUGCUGAGACCCCUAGAACUGCUGCUCACUGCAUUGAGUAUGCUCACCUAAUUAAGUGGGAUGAGGCACACAGUGGAGUGUCUUUUGACCCAGAUGAUCCUGAGCACAUGAAGUGGGUCUACGAUGAGGCCUUGAAGAGGGCAGAGCUUUUCGGCAUUCCAGGUGUUACAUAUUCUCUUACUCAGGGAGUUGUGAAAAAUAUCAUACCCGCCAUUGCUUCCACGAAUGCAAUUAUAUCAGCUGCAUGCGCACUCGAAACUUUGAAGAUUGCAUCAGGAUGCAGCAAAACACUGUCAAACUAUUUAUCAUACAAUGGUGUGGAAGGUCUGCACAUUAAGGUGACUGAAUUUGAGAAGGACAAGGACUGUCUUGUUUGUGGUCCAGGUAUUCUUAUCGAGCUCGACGCCUCAGUCACUCUUCAAAAGUUCAUUGAUCUGCUCGAUGAACAUUCAGUACUCCACUUAUCAAAAGCAAGUGUGACACACAGAGGCAAGAAUCUGUACAUGCAAGCACCACCAGUUCUGGAAGAGAUGACCAGAUCAAACCUGAGCUUGCCACUUUUCGAGCUCAUGGGUAAAGUUCCAAAGGACAUCUUGCAUGUUACUGGCAUCGCGAUCAAGGACGAUAAAAAGACAUCAUGCCUUAGGAAAUUGCGCAUCGUUUUCAAGGGGGUUGAUGGAGUUACAGACAUGGACAUGGCUGGCGGGGCAUAAAGCUUCAGACUGCAAUAGCAGUAGAGGUUUGUGGCCAAACUUUUGAGGGUUAUUUUUCUUCUAGGUACUGAAGCCGUCUUACAGAGGGCAUCACGUGUAGCAGAGAAGAGAAUCCAUGAUGAAGAAGGCACCUUCUCGUCAUCAAUCAACCGAUAGAUUAUUUUUGAUUAUUCUCCAUGAGAGUGUUAUUAUGUACAGGGGAGGAAGCUCGGGUCGGCCAACUUUAGCUUUUAUGUCAAUUUGAUGAACCUUUUUUCUCGUCAAAAAUUUCACCAUCACAUGCUGUUGCACAUGGAAAAGAGCAGUCUUUUCAGCAAACAUCGUCUGGCAGAGCAGGGGGAUUACUUGACAUUCCAUGGAAUUGAAACCAUCCCUUCUGAAAAUUGGGUGCAUGUUGUGGUGUGAAAGAGAUUACAUAAUGUGCUUGUUUCAAUGCUUGAUGGUAAAGUGAAGCCAAUUUGUCCUGUGAUUCACUAUUUAAUUGUGUUACAGCUUAAACAUCAAUCACUAUCAAAUCCCGCCACAUG